AUGAAAUCCAGCACUGUCCCACUACAUUACCCCAAAGCAAAAUGCGAAGUGAAACAACGAACAGAUGCCUGGGGUGGGGUCAAGAUUAUAGUAAAAGGCGGAAGUGUGUAUGGAUAUCCACAUUACAGAUCACUUCGUGCCAUACCGCAGGAAUUGCAAGGGAUCGAUCCAGAUGUUUGGGCCAGCUUCUUUGUACAAGUUGAUAGCAUACAAGAGAGUAGUAAUGGGAGCGAGUGCAUUGGUAUUCUGGUAUUAUUCUUGGGAACUGGUGUCUUUUUCACGCUACUGAAAUUAUUUGGGAAUGCUGGGAUUGCCAUUGUGGGUGCCGUAGCAACCAUGGUUGGAAUGGUAUUUGUUGUCCCAAGAACUCCAAAGGGGCAACGACAAUCACUUGAUGAUUUAUGUCUAUUAUAUGAGCAAAAGUUUCGAGAUCAAGGAUGGAAGGUAUCAUGCCAUUGCGAGUCAACACCGCCACCACCACGACCAACUGGAGGCAUACAUGGACAAGGGUCGCAUAGCAUUUGGGUGGUUCAUUUCAUCCCCACUGGAGAAAACGGCUCUGUGUUACUUACGGCAUGA